UAAUAAUUAAUAAUAAAUUACAGAAUGGAAGGAAAAGUAAAUGAAAGUAUUAAAAAAAAAAAAAAUACCGAACAAGACAGAACAAUAUAUUUACGUUUUCCAAAACGCAUUACUGAUAUUGAUGAAGUACGUAAUUUAAUAACUGGUGAUGCAAAUAUUAAGUUUCAAAGACAAGCAUCAAGACAUUGUCAUGUUAUAUUUCCUAAAAUGGAACAAAAAAUAAACAAUAUGAAAUCAAUAAAGGCUAAAUCAAAAGAAAAUAAUUUACGUAUUGUUGUAUCUGGUGCUAAACCAAAUCAAAAAAUUCAACAAUCAUCUGAUAAUGAUGAGCCACUUAAUAAAGAUAAAAAUGUUACAACAACAAAAGCUAAAGAUAAUGAAACAAAUGUGGAUAAACAAGUUAAACAAAAAACAACUAAGCCUAAAUUAUCUAAAGCAAAAAAACGAGCAAUAAUUGUACGUGGAAUUUCAAAAGACACACCUUUGGCAUUAGUCUAAGAAGCAUUUCCAGAUUGUAAAAUUUUUGCAUAUAUCAAAGAUGAAGUAGUUUCAGGAGUUCCAGGUGGUAUUUGUAAACGUAAUGAUGAAGUAGAUGGUACAUCAUCUGGUGCUGUUUUGAAAAAUAAUCAUU